AUGAAAAGUAGAAUAUGGUCGGAAUCAAGAGUAUACACGAACGUUAAUAAGCAGAAGGACCAAGAGUAUUGGGAUUAUGAAAAUACCUCAAUUGAAUGGUCGACAAACAAUGAAGAGUAUGAAAUUGAAACAAAAGUAGGUCGUGGUAAAUAUUCUGAAGUGUUUCAAGGUGUUCAACUGAAAAGUGGUAAAUUAAUUGUUAUAAAGAUGUUGAAACCUGUUAAAAAAGAAAAAAUUAAGAGGGAAAUCAAAAUUUUAUCAAAUUUAUCUAAUGAAACGACACCACCAACGAGCCUUGAAUUCAAAAUUGACAAUUAUUACAGCAAUAAAAAGGAAAGCGUCUUAAAGUUCAAAAGGGAUUACAUAUAUGAGUUAUCGCAUAAUGGACAUGAAAAUAUAAUUCAACUAUUUGAUAUAAUAAAAGAUCCAAUUUCGAAGACGCCUGCAUUGGUUUUUGAAUACGUUAACAAUAUUGAUUUCCGUAUUUUAUAUCCUAAAUUAACAGACUUAGAGAUUAGAUAUUACAUGUUUGAAUUGUUGAAAGCUUUAGAUUAUUGUCAUUCAAUGGGAAUAAUGCACAGGGAUGUCAAGCCUCAUAAUGUGAUGAUCGAUCACAAGGCCCGUAAAUUAAGAUUAAUUGAUUGGGGGCUUGCUGAAUUUUAUCAUGCGAAUAUGGAAUAUAAUGUUCGUGUUGCAUCUAGAUUUUUCAAAGGCCCGGAAUUAUUAGUUGAUUAUAGAAUGUACGAUUAUUCGUUGGAUAUGUGGUCAUUUGGUACAAUGUUAGCUUCGAUGAUUUUCCAGAAGGAACCGUUUUUCCAUGGUACAAGUAAUACAGAUCAAUUGGUUAAAAUAGUUAGAGUAUUAGGAAGUGAUGAUUUUGAAAGAUAUUUGAAUAAAUAUGAGAUUGUAUUACCAAGAGAAUUUCACGACAUGGAUCAAUAUAUUAGAAGACCAUGGUAUAGGUUUAUAAAUGACACUAAUAAGCAUUUGAGUGGGAAUGAAGAAAUUAUUGAUUUAAUCGAUAAUUUAUUAAGAUAUGAUCACCAAGAGAGAUUAACCGCAAAAGAAGCGAUGGGACACAAAUGGUUUGAACCAGUUAGGUGA